ACCAUGACGACAAGCAAAAAAAUGAAAAUGACCUUCGAAUGGGUUCAAGGACUGAAGAAGUUUCAAUUUGGAUUUUUAGGUGAUCAUGUUUUGUGUAUGAAAUGUGGUCCAUCAAUUAAGUUUCAUGAUGUUUUAACUAACAAGGUUGAAACACUUCAUUUGCCCACAAAACACUCCACUGGUCUAUCCAUACAUCCACUAGAACCUUAUUUUUCGGUAACAGAGUUAUGUAACGUGAACCCGAAGGUUUACAUUUACAAAUAUCCUCAAAAAGAGGAAAAUAUUUUGAAAAAUGCUUCUAAAUUGGAGAUCCAACAGUCCAUCUUUUCCCACACCAACUAUUAUGCAACAGUUUCUGGCAUACCUGAUUUUAUUCUAUCAAUAUGGAAUUUUCAUUCAUGUGAAAUAUUGUGCAAAACUAAUUUAAAUGGAUUACACUUAACGACAUUCAGCUUUUGUCCGACAGAUUGGCAUUAUCUUUUGGGGACAGAUCAUCAUUGUGCACAUGUCUGGCAGAUUGAAACAUGUGACCAGAUGAAUUCUAUUAAAUGCAAUUCGAUGAUAUUACCAGAGCAUACAGUCAGUCUUGGGCCAUAUUAUGGAUCACAUGACACUAAGAUCAAUGAGGAUACUACAGGUGUACGACAUGAAACAAGAUUCGAUCCAAAUGUACUGGGAUCUUCAAUUACAGGACUUAAUGAAUCCAGAGAAGAAGAGUUCGACGAUUAUAUGGACAAAUGUGUUCGAUUAAAUUGCGUUUCACAGACUUGGACAAAUUCAAAAUUAGUUUUCAUCGGCUGUGAAGGAGGCCAGUUGUUAUUGUUUGACCCAAUCAGUAUGAAUUUGAAAAUUUUAUUGAACCCAGCUUCUCAUUGUCAGAAUCCUAAAGAAUCUUCAUUAAUUAAUUCAGAAGUGGAAAUAGUCAAUAGACUAGAAGGAUGUUUAACCUAUUUAUUAUAUACAACGCAUGGUUUACUAACCGGUGGUAGCGAUGGUAUUCUACGUUUACUAAUUUUAACUAAAACAACACCAACGACAAUGAAUAAAAUAAAUCCACUCAACAAACAAAGUGAUCAAUUAUCUGUCAAAGUAAAUGAAGCGUCAUCAGUAAAAAUUGGUGAAAACUAUUUAUUCAACACUGAAAUUCAAAACUGUAUAAAUCUCUAUAAUUUUGAAAACCUGAUACAAAAUGUUCGAUACCAUUGGGGUAAAAAUAUCACUGGUUUGAGUAUAUCAUCAUCAUAUAGACGAAUCGCAGUUAGUUGUCGGCUUGGUUAUUUGAGUUUAUUUAGUUUACACGAUUCACUACAGUCUACUCUAAGUCCUGACAAAGAAAUAUUUACUAACUGUGAUCGGUUUGUUGGAAUGGGACUAAUUACAUCUGAAAAAUCAACAAUUUGUGUUACUGCAGGAAUUACCGGUAUAAUCAAUUGUUGGGAUUGUAAAACAGGAGAAUUAAUUGGAUCGUUAUUUCUCAAUGAUACAUGUCAUUGUUUGGUAAUUUCACCAGUUUUACCUUUGGCAGUUGCUGGAAUGAAUUCUGGCUCCAUAAUGUUUAUUGACUUUACUAGGCCCACUUCACCGAGAAUUGUAAAUAUUAUUCGACUCUAUCGUAAACCUUUAACACAUAUUGCAUUUGACCCUGAUGGUGAAUUUUUAACUGCAGUAAUAGAUAAUGGUCCAAGUAUUUUGAUGUCAGCAUUACCUACGAAAUUUUUUGAACCAAUAGGUUAUGUGUCAUUUAUUGGUAGAGUGCAUAAUUUAAGCAUGAUUCGAUCAAAAGAUUCAUCGAAAAUCUUUGUUCUUCUUGCUGUUAGUAAUGAUAUCAACAAAAGUGCUGAGGCUGUAUACCAGUACGAAAUACCGGCUGAAAUUGGAAGCAAUAAUCAAGUAGACUAUGUUGAUAAUUAUCGAAAACUAAAUGAAGAUAAAAUUAACCUUAUUAAAUGGAAUUUUCACAGACCAAAGGUUGGUGUCUGCUAUUGGCCAUCAAAUGAUGUAUAUGAAUCAACAUCACCAUUAAUAAUUGCAGCUGAUUCUCAGUAUCAUGCAUUGGAAAUAUUUUGUAUCGAUGAAUCACAAAAGAAACAACAUCAAUUACAUAUUACCACGGAGUAUAAUUAUAACAUUUUACAAGAAUCAAAAAACAUCAAAUUUACAAGAAUAUCUGGUACUAAUUCAUUACUAGCUUAUUCUAUGGAUGGAUCUGUUCAAAUUAUUAACAUAAAUGAAACUGUUUCACUUCAGUAUUCCAUAAAUAUUCAUGAAUCUAAUUCACGUGGUAUAAUCGCUGCAGAAUUCUGUAAAGAUUUGAAUAGUUUAAUCACAUGUGGUGGAGAUGGUUUAUUAGCAAAAGUUAAAAUAAGGGAAGGUGCAAUUACGGAAUCGAAAGUCAGUUCAUUUCCAAGUUUAAGAUCUUUACAUGAACAACUAACUAAAUUACAAGAAAUGAAAAGUUGUGAGAUAACACAAAAUCAAUCAAAUUUAAAUGUCAAUAUUUUACAAAAAACUGAUGUUCCACCAAUAUUACCCCAUCAAUCUGGUACAAGCCUUUCAUUAUAUGAUCAACAAAUAUCGGUAAAUGCCGAUGAAGAUACAGAUUUAGAAGAGUCUUCCUAUUGUAAAAUUGAUACUGACUCAAAUGUAAAUACAUGGAUAGAAUUUUGUCAGCUUAAUGCUGAAGCUUCAGAAGACUUGAUUUAUGGCGAAACGAAGACAAGUAUUCUUAAUGAAUUGAAUGAAAUCAGAAAUACAGUCAAUUCUAUGGUCAGUGAAAACGAAAAUCUUCCUGAAUUUCAACGUAUUGACAGGUUAGAAUUUGAGCUAGAUAUUGAUGAACAAAAUGUCAUUUUAGAGAAAACAAAGGAAGAAGUCAACCAGCUCCGAAAAGAAAUAAAAUUAAAAGAUUUAGCAAAACAAUUUACUUGGCGAGCUAUUAAAUCUCAAUGUUGGGAUGAAAUGUUUGUCAAGGGAAGAUGCUUAAAAGCGUUCAAUUUACCAAUUAAAGUUUCAAAUUAUCCAUUGAAGAAUAUUACAAACAGUGAAAAGCAAUUAAUUAAUACUGUUGUUGCUAGAAUGAAAAUUAUUCAUACAACAGCAAAAGAAAGAGAAUUAUUGUCUUCACAUUUAUUUCAAUCAAAUAUAUCAAAAAAGCCCAGUCAAGAACAAAAGGAGGAAGUAGAUGAGGAAGAGGAACCAGAGCAAUCAACAAAUCGGAUUCUUGUUGGAAGUACUGCCAGAGAACAUGGUGGAUCGAUUGAUCAUGGUUAUGGUCAAAUGGAUCUUUAUACACGAAUGCAAAAGAUCUAUCAAAUUGUUUUGGUAAAAAAUGCAAUUUAUCGUAUGAAAGAAUCUUUCAACAAACAGUUCGAUGAAGUCUAUGAAAAGAAGGCAAGUCAUCUUGCUAACAUUCAGACCAAAUUAUCAAGAAUACGUAAAAUUUAUACGGAUCUUCAACAACCACAUUUACUAAAACAUCUCACUAAUCCGAAAUUUGAUCCUGAUGAAGAACCAGAACAGCUAUUUAUUGUUACAGAUGAUGAGAUAACAGUGGAAAAGUAUUUUUCACCUGAGAAGUUAGCUGAAAUUCAAUCGAAACGAUUAGCUGACGAAGAAAGACGACGUAAGGAAAAGUUGGAUAAUUGGCGUGAAAAAGGUUUGGAAGAAAUGAUGGGUGGUGUGUUAGAGAUUACAAAAGAAGAUGAAUUGAAGAAGGAUAUCCCAAAACCAGCGUUUUUAUUAACUGGUAAACCAUCAGUUAAUUGGACGGAGGAUGAUAAACAAAUGUAUGCAGAAUAUGAACGUAAAGUAAAAGAAUUAAAUGAAGAAAGAGAAAAAUAUAAAAAGUUUUUAGAAGGUGAUUUAAAAAAGAUUUACAAUGAAAUAGAUGAAAUUAAAGAAAAAUUUGAUGAGGAGCUAACUUCUCUAUUUAAUAAAUGGCUUCAUGUUCAAGUGGCUAUAUUACAAGAAGAAUUAAAAAUAUGGAGGCUUAAAUGGAUGUUGCUUACUGAAGAGGAAUUUCUUAAUAAAGAACAUGAAUUAAAAGAAUCAAUUAAUGAAUUAUAUAAGAAAGAAGUACAAAUUACUAAAAAUUUAGAAACAGCCAAAUCAAUACUUGAUCAGGUUCAAGAAGAAACUGAACUAUUAUCUGCUGAUGAUAAAUUAAUGGAAAAAAAUCUUCGAAAAGAAUUUAGUGAUAUACAUGGAGUUUUAUAUGAUUUUAUUGUCAAAGCUUAUAAAAAACGUCCAAAACACUUCCUUUUAGCUCCUUUGGAGAAAAAGAUUGAUCAGAGUGGAAAGGAUACACAAUCUUCUAAACAACUGAAUCCAUAUAUUGAAAAAAUAUGCCAAUCAUCUCAAUCAACCAAACAAACUAGCCUACUAGAAGAAAGUCUGGUGGAACUAGAUAAUGACCCUUCACAUGAACAGCAGCCUGGGUGUGAUAACGCUUUAUGGAGUAGGUUGUGUGCAGCAAGACGCCGGAAGAUUAACAAAGAGUUGGAAAUUAAACUUGCCACUCAAAAACUAGAUGACGUUACAAAUUUUAUUCGUAAACGUGAUCGUGACUUACAAUCAUUACAUAAAUUGUUAGAAGAAAGAAAAUGUCAAUUUAAUAAUUUAAUAAAAGAUUAUAAUCGUAAUCAAACAGAUUUAGAAUUACAAUUAUUAAUCAAACAAGGAUUUGUUGAAGUUAAUAUUAACCAAUCCACUUUACUUCAUGAUUAUGAUGAUGCAUUAUUGAUACAACGAGAACAAGUUGAAGAAUUGAAUAAACAAAUAAUUAUCUUAGGGGAAUCAAAAGUAUCACAUAUGAUAAGAAAUAAAGAAUUUAAAAAACGAUUUUAUCACCUUGAAUGGGAACUAAGUGAAAUGUUAAUGCGUUAUGAAGAUUUACAAACCAAGUUAGGCGAUAUACGAAGAUUUAAAAUAACCAGCGAAAUACGAAAAUAUCUUCAAUCAAAUGAUUAUGAUUCUUUAAUCAAUACACAAAUUACAAAUACUGAACGUACUAUUCAAAUGAUACAAGAAGUAAGAAUCCUUGUAUUCUCUUAUGUAUUUAAUAUUAUCCUGGUAUACCUUAAUUUUUAUAUGUGGCUUAUUAUCAAAGAUUCACAAUUAAAUCCAAAAUUACUUUAAAGAUGUUUACUGUUAGAAACUUCAUAUAUCCGCUGCUAUAUUUAUUUACAGUAGCAUUUUUAUCGUUGUCAAUGAAUGAUUUGGACUAUUUAUAAAAUGAAAUGAAUUAAGGAAUCAAUGAAACAGAAGUUAGCAAUCAACUUUCAAUGAUGACAUAACUGAACAAAUUGAAAUUCUGCAGUUCUGAAGAUCUGUUAAAUAUUACGCAUAUACUUUUACGUCGAUACAUGGAAGUUAGAAAUAUUACUCUUCAACAAUUACUGCAUUACCUUUUAUCUUCAUGUUUGUUAUUUGGAUGUGAAUGAUUUAAAAUUCCAGGAGUAUGAAGGAAAAGCUCUUUUAAAAUUAUUUUUAAUCAAUAAUCAUUUCAAAAAGUGAUCAUACGGGGAAUAACUAACACGCUGUAAAACUAGACACAAUUAUACCAGUCAGAUUAUAUAUCUCUGUGAAGCUAAAUAUAAAUAUCAGACAAAAUAAAAUGAACAUAUGUCAAUGUGACCAUGAGUUAGUACAAGUUAAUUUGCUUUUUCAACAUUUUUACUAGUCUGUUUACGAUUAAAGAAUUAUCGAUCUAUAAAUGCUUAAACUUUUAACGCAUUAACGUACACUCUUUCUGUUAUUAUAGCCUCACUUUUGAUAUUUAUUUUACUGUAUGUGUGUCGAUAACACGUGUAACGUUCGUAUGCUUACUUAUAUUUCUCUGUUCUUUCAACAAAACCAUUUCCUACCUUUCAUACAUUAUUACCGUCCCCAAGUUUCCACUUUUACAGACAAUCACCAUGAAUAUGGAAUAUUUGCCAUUAGAUGUUUUAAAUAAGUUAACAGAAAUGACAUCACCGUUCUUUUAUUCGAUAGAAUACUAAAUGUGCUAGAUACAUGUACAUACAAUUAUUUAUCCUCAGGAAACGAUAUUAUCGAAAACAAAGGUGCUAGUUGAAUUAUCAUUAUCUUUUCUUAACUGAAAUCCUUAAAUAAAGGGUUCAAGCUUGUUUAGAUUAAUCAUAGAGAACUACCCUUUACAUUCAGGUAAACUUAUCCUCCUCUUGUAACCCAUUUUACUUGCAUCACAUUGGAAACUGAUCACAAAUUUCAUAGAGAAACACUAUCUUAUCAGGUCGCCUGGUCUGGUGAAUAUUUUGUUCUUUAUGAUCGUAUAAAUGAUUAUGAAUUUAGAUUCCUCUGUGACAUUUACGAUUCACAUUAUGAUUUCUAAUUCCGUGCAAACUUACAAACCACAGAAACAUAUCACAAGGUACCGUCAAAAUUCUUUAUAUCUCAUAGAAUAGUUGUUUAAAGAUGGCUAUUUGUAGUACUGUUCAAUGUUCAUAAAGUAAAAAUAAUGAUUUCAUAAUAAAUACUAUUUAUUAGAAUCACGAAAAAACAAUGGCUCAGAAACUUGCUCGUCUUCGUCAUUAUGAAAUAUAUCAAGAUGAAAAACUUAAGAAAGAGAAUGAAAAGGCCAAGAAAGAAAUAGAAGAACUGAAUGUUGUCUUACAUGAGACGAAGUUCAUUCAUGAACAAAAUCAUAUGAUAAAUAAUCAACUCAAUAAUCCUCAACUUCGACAUAAACUAUUAAUUCAACAUCAAAAUAUCAUGAAAAAAAUUAAAGAACAAAAUAAAGAAUUAAAAAUACUUCAAACUGAAUUAAAUUAUUUACGUCAACAAAAAUCAAAUUUGAAAUUAUAAAUAUUUCAUGAAUUACUACUUAUACAAUAUAAAUAGUAUAGAACCCUUUGUUUUUCUAAAUGAUUCCAUUUU